AUGAGAGGAGUUGGCGCAGCACUGAUACAGGAAGGUAAACCCAUUGCAUAUGCCUCGAAAGCUCUCUCACCCACAGAGGCAAGGUACACAAAUAUUGAAAGGGAACUCCUGGCAGUAGUAUAUGGAUGCGAAAAGUUCCAUACAUACCUGUAUUGCAGACAUUUCAAUAUAGAAACAGACCAUCGCCCGCUAGAACAAAUACAUAGAAAAAACCUGACAAAAGCACCAGCCAGACUGCAAAGAUUACUGUUAAGGCUUCAAACAUACGACUGUGACAUCAGGUACAAGCCAGGAAAAGACCUGAUAUUGGCAGAUGCUCUUUCCAGACUAUCCUCACAUGAUAAACAGGAGAUGGAAGGACUAAGCAUAAAGGUCCACCACAUUGUAAAUGUGACAACCACAAAGCUAGCGGAAAUCAAAGAGGAGACCAGCAAAGAUGAAGAACUUCAACUCCUUACUCAGAUGGUGAUUCAGGGGUGGCCAGAAAAGAGACAUCAGGUGCAGCCCCUAAUUUGUGAAUAUUGGGCCAUCCAUGAUGAUAUAUCAGUGGAGAAUGGAAUCCUGAUGGCUGGAUCCCGAAUAAUUAUACCCAAGUCAAUUCAAAAAGAGAUUCUUGACAAGAUCCACCAAGGGCAUCUCGGAAUGGAGAAAUGCAAGCUCCGAGCCAAGUCAGCAGUAUAUUGGGUAGGUAUGUACAAAGACAUAGAGAAGACAGUUUCUACAUGCCACAUCUGUCAAAAGUACAGAAACUCACAACAAAAGGAGGAAAUGAUAUCUAGUGACAUCCCAAGAAGGCCAUGGCAAACUAUUGGAGUAGAUCUGUUCACAGAGGGCCAAGAAUGGUAUUUGAUAAUGGCCUGCUACUAUUCCAAAUUUCCAUUUGUGAGAAAAGUGAAAGAUCUGACAGCCAAAACAAUCACUACAGUGGCUCGAGGACUUCUAGCAGAGCAAGGAAUACCAGAGCAGAUCAUAUGUGACAAUGGAACCCAGUUCACAUCGCAAGAAUUCAAAAAGCUAGCCGAUGAGUAUGGGUUCAAUAUUACAACUUCAUCUCCACACUACCCCAAAGGUCAUGGGUUUAUAGAAAGACAGGUGCAGACAGUGAAGAGAACACUAGUCAAAUGCAGAGAGACUAAGGAAGACCCACACCUGGCACUUCUGUCCCUAUGA